AUGGUCUCUAUUUUGCAUCAUUUUAAUUCUUAUUCCUCAUUUGGGAUUAAGGGGCAAGAUGUUCAUAGAAGUAAGACACAAAAUGUACAAAGAAGUCUAUCAAUCUCAUCACCAAUAUUCAGCGAGAAAGAAAAGCAUAAUACAUAUUCUUCAUUAAAUAGUUUAAUGAACUCACCAAAGAAUUCAUUACUAUUUUAUAAUAUUAUUUCCAAUAUUGAACUUGAAAAUAAAAAUACAAAUACAAUACAGUUUAUUCCCCAAGGAACAUUAGUUCAACUGAUUUCUCAUGACUCAAAUAGAAAUGAAUGUCACGUUAAAUUAGUUAAAGACGUUGGAACAUUUACCAUAUCAUUUGAUUAUUUAGAAGAAAAUUCUCAAUUGAAUUACACUUUGAAAACUUUAGAGAAUACGAAUAACGAUAUAACAAAGAAACCAUACAGUAUUUCUAAUUUCACACCUCCCACAUCGCCUUCAACAAUUGGAUCAAGUGUUUUCUCCGCUGCAUCUUUACAAAGAGGUGCAUCAUCGUCAUCGAUUGAUACCAAUAUGACUCAGUAUGAAAAGAUGCGCCAUAUUGAUCCCAAGAUUAGAAGGCGAAACCAAAUAAUUGAAUCCUGUGAAAUCAUUUCAAUCAAAUAUGAGGAAAGCAAAGAUAAAAGGAUAAAAUAUGAGAUUAAAUAUACUGAUUUACAUGGUAAAGAAAAGACUAUUGAGAAGUAUUAUCAAGAUUUUUAUCAAUUACAUUUAAAGUUACUAUCGGUUUGUUCUCAAGAUGGAGGUGCUGAUGAGUUGAAUAAGUUUCAUAACUUACCAUUGCCUAUAGAUAUGAAGAAAUCAUGUUGGGCUUCAAAACAAAUGUUAAUUAUACGACAAUUGCAAAUGAAUGAAUAUUUACAAACUCUUUCCAUUUUCAUGACUGAGUCAUGUUUGGAAAAGGAAGCACUUUUGGUAUUUAUUACCAUUUUCAAUAAUUGGCUACUUGAUAAUGAUUUAAAUGAAAUUGAGAAGGAUUUGGAAGAGAUUAAAGAACAAAUAAAUACAAUCAAGUUGAAAACUUUAUUCCAUGGAGAUUAUUAUGUUAUUAAGUGUAAAGAAGAUGAUAUUUUGAAAUUGGAUAACUUGAAAAGGCUAAUUAUUGAAAGGAUUAAACAUAAGUUGAGUGAGGAGAAAAGGUUUCUUUUAGAAAAUUCUCCAGCUGAUAGUUUUGGUAAUUUCUGUCGCUUAACUGCUAAGAUUGAUGGUUGGUAUAUUGUUUCUUUGAGUGAAGAAGAAACUUACCAAAGGGUGAUAUCUAAUUUUAAACAAACAAGAGAGAAAUUGAUUAUCGAAAUUAGUGUAUGA